CAGCGGCUCAGGCGUCUCCCCAGUCUCCAUCACACUGCACAUUAUUGUAUACAGUACCUAUGCUAUAACAAGAGCCCUGCACAACAAGCUUACAUGAUUAUGGAUUUUCUGAGUGAAAAGUUUGCCCUGAAGAAUCAGACCAGCAAGAACAGUGACUUUUACAUGGGAGCUGGGGGCACAUUGGAGCACGUUAUGGAAACGUUGGACAAUGACUCCUUCUACAGCAAGAACUCAGCCAGUAAGUGUGUGCAGGCCUUCAGUGCCAUCCAGAGGAAUGAGCAUCAUGUGCGGAUAGAGCGGAGUUCCCCCUGUCAGGACAGCAAUGUGAACUAUGGUAUCACCAAAGUGGAAGGCCAGCCUCUCCACACAGAGCUCAGCCGGCCCAUAGAGACCUGCUGCAGCCUGCGAGUGUCCCCAGCGAAGGGAAUGCAGGAGAAGGGGGAGCUGGAGGAGCUGGCAGAUAAGUGUGACAGCAACGUGUCCAGCAGCAAGAAGAGGCGACACCGCACCACAUUCACCAGCCUGCAGCUGGAGGAGCUGGAGAAGGUCUUCCAGAAGACCCACUACCCUGAUGUCUAUGUGAGAGAGCAGCUGGCACUGAGGACAGAACUCACAGAGGCGAGAGUACAGGUUUGGUUCCAAAACCGCAGAGCUAAGUGGAGAAAGAGAGAACGCUAUGGCCAGAUACAGCAAGCCAAAACCCACUUUGCAGCCACUUAUGAUAUCUCGGUGUUACCCAGAAGUGACAGUUACCCACAGAUUCAGAACAAUUUGUGGACAGGGAGCCCAGCUGGAGGAUCUGUAGUCCCUUCCUGCAUGCUGCCUCGAGAACCUUCUUCUUGCAUGUCACCUUAUUCUCACUCUUCUCGCAGUGAUUCUUCAUACGCUGGCUUCACAAAUCAUCAGAACCAAUUUAGCCAUAUGCCUCUUAACAACUUCUUCACCGAAUCAUUAUUAUCGGGAUCUACAAAUGGACAUACAUUUGAACCUAAACCUGAGUUUGAACGGCGGUCAUCUAGUAUUGCAGUUCUUCGAAUGAAAGCCAAAGAACACACAGCAAAUAUCUCAUGGGCUAUGUGAAGUAAACGUUUUGUUUAGUAAAUAAACUCUAUUUUGAAAUAUUUAACAAUAUAUUAAACCCUGGCCUGAUUCUGGGUUGCAGUUCCAGACAACUGCAGAAAAUGGAAUGUUAAUACAAUUAUUCUGAUUUGCGCAUCUCUAUGUGAACACACCACCACAUUCCUCUGUUCAUGAGCGCAACUGUCAUCAUCGGCACUUACUCCUGCCCUAUGCUAGGUGGAGGAGAGCUGUCUGAGUUUGACGUCCAGUUUGCAUACGCACAACUCAGAAUAGUGAGUAACCCUGACGACAUGCCCACAAAAUACCCACAGAAUGGGUGCAGAGAAAUGUCAGAGAUGCAUGUGCACCAGAUGUAGCCACUUUCAGACUUGCAUGCAACUCAGAAUCAGACCCUACGGGAGAUGUUUCAAGCCUUGGAGAGAGUUAAAGUGUAGAGACAUAAAGUAUCAGCCAGCCAGCUCAUAUCUACUGUU